AUGUCACGUAAAGCCAAAGAAGAAUUUUACCGAUUCUUCAGCGUGACAGACGUACGCACGCACGACAAAGGACACACGGAAUAUAAAGUAACAGCAAGGUUCGUGUCCAAGCGUUGCCCGGAGGAUGUGAAGGAGGUGGUGGUGUGGAAAAGGUACUCUGAGCUGAAGAAGCUACACGGCGAGCUGGCCUACACGCACAAGAACCUGUUCCGAAAAGAGGAGGAAUUCCCCCCGUUUCCCCCGGCGCAAGUCUUCGGUAGAGGGAGGUUCGACGAGGCCGUGAUAGAGCAGAGGAGGAAGGCGACGGAAACCAUGCUGGUUUUUGCAGCUAGCAUACCUGCGCUUUACAACAGCCCACAGCUCAAUGAGUUUUUCAGGGGCGGAGACGUGACGAGGCCUCUGGAUCCGUCUGAUGAUACUUCGAGUGGAGCCCUGCCUCCGCCUCUCAUCCCUCUCCCCGAGCGGAGAGAUUCAGAUUGCGAGCCUGCUGAGGAGGAGGUGGGUCGGGAGGCGCCCAUUUUGCCCCAGGACCUGGGCAACAACUUGAGGAUUGACAUGGGAGAGCCCGAGGUGGCGGUUGAGGCUUUCGGCGAGAUCGGGGAAGAGGGUUCCCGAGACGGGCUGGACGACGGCGUCACGUCUCUGGUCAGAACGGACACGCCGCAAGAAUCUGAAGAGGAAGCCAAGUCACUCGACGCGGCAACGGAAAGGUGCUCCCUGUCGCCAAAUGAAAAUUCACGCCUCCCACUGUCCGACGACGACCUGGCCGUCUUUGAUCCUUGUUUCAAACGAGUUCUAGGCGAAUCUCACGGCGACCGUAUGGACUUGUCGUCGCUGGCAGCGAGCGGUCCGGAAACCGAGGCGGCGUAUCUGAACCGAGCGGCCGCCGAGCUGACGUCCGCCGAGGCCAGUGAGACGGCGGGGGAUGUCGGUACUGCCAUUUGCAAAUAUAGGACGGUGGUGGACAUACUCAUUACUGGAGUGAAGGAUGAUCCGGAUGCCGCUCGAAGGGAGUCAGUCAAGCGAAGGAUUGCUCAUUAUCUGGAACAUGCCGAGAAACUGCUGGACGGCCGCGCCUCGCCUGCACAUGACCUGUGA